AAUCCAACCCCGUCGAGAUAAAUUAAAUGUUGAAAAGGUCUAAAUUUUCCCAUUUUCCGGAGCCAUUAAUCUCUAUCUAGUAGAUUGUCAAAGAACUAAAAUGAUUAGUGGUGCUAAACGGGGAAUCUUAUCAAUAAUGUUGAUAUGAAUUUCUUGGUGGAGUAAUGAAUUUGAAUUGAACAUUUUUAUCAUUGAACGUUCCUCAAUAUCUAAGUUCAUUAGGCAUCAGUAGAAACGUCAAAAAUCUAAAUUUUUCGUCUCGUGUGGUUAUUGCACGUAAAUGGUAUGAGUCUAAAUUUUGUAGGUGUAUGAGCAUUUUUACAAAUAUCCACCAAUGAAGGAACGUUUGUUAUUAUGGCUCGUUUUUAUAUUGGUUGUCACCUUGGUUGGCGGACACAAAGAAGAAAAGAAAUCCAAAGAUGAUGAAGAUGACAGUUACGAUAUAUCUGAUGUAAGGACCAACGAAGUAGAUGAACAGGAUGAUGCUACUACUCGUAUGCUACAGUUGAUCAGUAAUGCUGCCAUGAAAAUUGUCGAGGCUCCUGAUUUGUCAAAGGAAAAACCUUCUGAUCAAUCUCAAGAACAAUUGAAAUCGGAAGAUUUCGAUAGUGGUGAUAAUUUACAGUUAAUCAAAUUUCCUACUAAUGGUCUCUUCAGUUAUUGGGCGGAUAUGUCAAAUGAUGAUGUUAAUGUACAACAUUUAAAAAAUGAUGAUGAUUUUGAUGAUGAUAUUGUUGUUACGGAUUGGAAGGAACCAAUCAAAGCUCCUCCAAGUUCAACAAGAGAAGAAGAAGCGGAACAACUAUAUCAAACCGGGUUGAAAAAAUUAAAAUCAACCCUCGGAGAUCAUUUAGAUGCAUAUGAGUAUUUUUACAAAGCUUAUACUUUAGAUCAUGAAGAAGCUAAAGCAAAAUUUGCAUUUGCCUUAUUAUUUGGCUUGAAAUACAAUCAAGAUAUACCCCAAGCAUAUUCAAUUUUUAACGAAUUGUCUAAUAAAGGAAAUCCAGAUGCUCAUUUAGGCUUAGGUUUCUUGUAUGCUGUUGGAUUACAUGUUCCUGUGAGCCAGCCAAAAGCACUUGUACAUUAUGUUAUGGCUGCUGUUGGCGGUAAUGUAUUAGCUCAGCUAGCACUGGGAUACAGAUAUUUUGCUGGUGCCACUGUGUCUUAUAGUUGUGAGAAGUCUUUGGAAUACUAUAGAGCAGUUGCAAAUAAUGUUGCCAAUGAAUUGUCUUUAUCUGGUGGGCCACUCAUUCAACGUAUUAAGUUAAUGGAAGAGCUAGAUAAUCCAAAUUAUAAUAGCGGAAUAGUAGAUUCUGAUUUGUUGGAUUAUUAUAAAAUGUUGGCUAACAAAGGAGAUGCUCAAGCUCAGGUUGGUUUAGGUCAGUUAUAUUUACAAGGUGGAAGAGGUGUAGCAAUUAAUUUAGAAACUGCUGAACAUUAUUUUCGUAAAGCAGCAGACAAUGGUAAUGCUCUUGCAUAUGGUUAUCUUGGAAAGAUAUUUUUAGAAGAGCGCGAGGGCAUUAAACCUGAUUAUGAAAAAGCUCUUGAAUACUUUUAUAAAGCAGCUAAGUUAAAAAAUCCUGUUGGGCAAAGUGGUUUGGGUUAUAUGUAUCUACAUGGUCUAAAUGUUGCCCAGGAUUAUUCAGAGGCUUUGAAUUGGUUUACUUUGGCUGCUGAACAAGGUUGGGUUGAAGGGCAUUUAUAUGUAGGAAUCAUCUAUUACAAGGGAUUGGGUGUAAAACGUGAUUAUAAAAUAGCAGUUAAAAACUUUGGUUUAGCAUCUAAAUCUGGCAAUUUGUUAGCUUACUUUAAUAUGGCACAAAUGCAUGCAUCCGGUAUUGGUGUAUUGCGCUCCUGUACAACUGCUCUAGAACUGUUCAAAAAUGUUGCUGAACGUGGUAAAUGGGGUGGAUAUUUAAUGCAUGCUUACAAUACUUAUAAAGAAAAUAAAUUUGAAGAGUCAUUCGUUUUGUAUUCUUUCUUGGCGGAAUUGGGUUAUGAGGUUGCCCAAAGCAAUACUGCUUUUAUAUUAGAUAGAGGUGAUAUUAACCUUUGGGAAACUGAGAAAGAACGCUAUGUUCGUGCAAUGAUGUAUUGGAGUAGAUCAGCUGCUCAAGGAUAUGCAGCAGCUCAAUUAAAACUAGGAGAUUAUCAUUAUUAUGGUCUAGGUACUAAAGUUGAUUUUGAAAUGGCUGCCAAUCAUUACCGACAAGCAUCUGAACAACAUCACAAUGCCCAAGCAAUGUUCAAUUUGGGUUAUAUGCACGAAAUGGGAUUGGGAAUGGAACAAGACAUUCAUUUGGCAAAACGAUGUUAUGACAUGGCUGCAGAAACCAGUCUAGAUGCAAAAGUACCUGUAUUUUUAGCUUUAUCAAAACUCAACUUUUGUCACUUGGUCAACUAUUAUUACACAAAUUUUCUAAGUUUUAUGUCUAUUUUAUCAAACGAUGUUGCAGCACCUAUGGGUUUCAAUUGGGAUUUAUAUUUAAUAGCAGUACUGUUUGCAUUACUUUCUUAUAUAAUUUAUUUACGAAGACCUAAUAGGCAACCACCAAAUGUGUGAAAGCACUAUUUGUAUUUAAAUUAUAAUUAAAAAUCUUGGAAGACUGUGCAGUACUUGUUACAAAAAUAUAAAUAAAUAUAUUAUAAAUGAAAAUAAGAAUUUAAAAAAAAUUUGUUCCACGUGCAUAUUUUACUAAUGGAACAUGUGAUUAUUUAAUAAAACUGGAAUCCGUAAAGCAAAUAUCAAUGGAAAAAUUAAUAUAAAUAUAUUUUGCAGUGAAUAAUUAAUACCUUAAAUUAUUG